AUGGAACUAAUGGACAUUUCAUUAGAACGACUUUAUAUGGCUGUACACGACUUGGGUUAUCCUGCUUUUGAUGAGAAUACGUUAGGAAGUGUUGCUAUCAAUACCAUCAUUGCUUUGAAUCAUAUGAAAAGUCAAUAUCACAUUAUUCACCGCGACGUGAAACCUUCAAAUAUUUUACUCAAUAGAAAAGGUGAAGUGAAGCUAUGUGAUUUCGGUAUUUGUGGUUAUCUACAGGAUUCGGUAGCUCAAACUCAGGAUGCUGGAUGCCGACCAUAUAUGGCUCCAGAAAGACUGAUGACAUUUUCAAAAGGAUAUGAUAUUAGAUCAGAUGUUUGGUCUCUAGGGAUAUCAAUGGUGGAAGUGGCAAACUUCGCCUUUCCCUACCCAGGAUUCACUACGGUGCCAUUGUUCGCUCAAUUAGAUCUCGUUGUGCACGGUGAUGCUCCGAUGGUAUCUAACCCUCUUUAUUCGACGAAAACGAAGAACUUUAUUCAUUACUGCUUAACGAAGGAUCAAGAGAGUCGACCUACUUUUGCCGACCUAACAAAUACUGCCUUCUAUCAACAUUAUAAUUCAAUGGACAAUUUAAGUGAACUGGUUGGAGCAUAUGUGGCUGAAAUACUAAGUAAAAUUGACUCACUUUAG